AUGUUCACGGACGCAUGUGUGCCAGGCAUCGACUGUCAUUCUGUGGAUGCGCACGAAAAAGAUUUUGUCGAACAAAACAUACAGACAGAACCGUAUAAAAUCGUUCACCGCGGAUCUCAAAGUCGGCGGGUGAAAGAUUUUCAGAGUCAGACGGAUGAAAUGGUGUUGCCGAGUCAAACGACUUCCAAUUCAGAACCAGAGUCCGCCGCAAUGAUAGAUUUUCUGAAACGUGCAGAAGCCGUUAUAACGGAAGAACUAAAAAAGAGCAUCCGAUCCAAAGCUCUUAGAUUGCUGCAAGACGAGGUUCCCGAUCGAGUGUUGGUGAAGCAGAUAGCUCAACUGCCCUUGGAGGAAGCCGCAAAACACGAGCUCUCGGUUACAUGUUUAUCCUGGAAUUCUACGGGUGCAGUUUUAGGGGCAGCUUACGGUUCUUUGAACCAUGCCGACUGGUGUGCACACAAUGGGAUUAUUUCCCUAUGGAAUGCUGCUCGUUCACAAAGCGGAAGUCCAAUUCAAAAACUGGACACAAAUUCCUGCGUAACAUGCCUUGCAUUUCAUCCGAUUAUACCUACCCUGUUAGCAGCAGGUACAUUCACAGGUGAAAUACUAGUGUAUAAUACCACCGCCGAAACGGAUUGCUUGAUUGCUAUGAACGGAUGUAACGAAGCUGGACACACGGAGGGAGUCACGCAGAUCGAAUGGCUAAUCGAUACCCGGGCAACUAACAGCGGUAAUAGUGAUUCAAAACGAUACGCGGUGGAAAGAUUCCUCACCAUCGGAAACGAGGGGAAAGUCAUUUGCUGGACAAUUGAUGCCCACCGGCGUUCUACACUGAGAUGUUCAAAAAUCUUCGGCAUUAAAAUCCGCGAUCAAGGAGUAGUGCCAGCAUCCCCGGACAUUCCUUCAGACAAGAUACGUCAUACUACGAACAGUACUCAUAGUAAAAGAGCUGUAAGUCUGACAUCAGUAGCCUUGUGCCCAGAUCAACCGAAUCGGCUUGUGAUUGGUACGGACAGCGGUGGAAUAAUGUUGUGCAAUUUGGAUUAUCCAGGUUCUGCAGGUUCACUGGAUUUGAGCACCGACCUUCCAUCCCCGGUGGAAUUUUCCCUCAGGCGGCAAAAUGGGCCAAUUUGUUCUGUGGACUGGUCCAAAUUCUAUCGUAACUUGGUUCUGUCGUGUGGGAUCGGAUCAUCACUACAAAUUCACAACGUGCUCCAGCGGGACUUAUCAGUGGACGUUGAUCCAACACGAGGGAAGUUUGUGGCAGCGAAGUUCUCUCCUUACUUUCCAAAUGUGCUAGCAUGCACAACAGGAACUGGUUCAGUCGCUCUGUACAGUCUUCUGGGAAAUAAUGACCAAAAUGACUCCGGAGAAAUUUCCGAGAUGGAGCCCAAGCUGCUGUUCGAAACGGAUAUAGUGGCUACAAUGGAGACUAAAUGUCCGGUGCCAAAGAUAUCAUUGGCAUUUAACACAAAAAAGUAG